AUGCAAACGGCACGAAGCCUCACCUGCACCUCAGAUUCACUGUCUUUCACCCCUGCAGCUGGUCUACCUAGACAUCCCUGGCUUCUCUGGAUCCUAAGCUCUGAAUUCCAAGACGAAAUGCCCCGACGUUGGUUUUCUGACCGGCUCCAUGAUGCCUGGGGACGCAUGGCAGGUCGCCGUGGCCGGCAAAGGGACCAAAGAAGCCAAAGCCCCCAACACUAUGCGGAAAUCGUGGCUUCUCCUGACCAGAGCCUAGACAGGGCCAACCACCUCCACCUCCGUCGAGGUACCUCUCUUCCAGAUCUCCUAGCCCGCGCCGCUCUGGUUCGUAUUCCCCCACCGCUUCCUCUUGAUAGGCAGAGCCUUUGGGACACUCCAGCGCCUGCUCUUUCUCCUGUUCAGUCCCAAUCAAGCAAUGCUAUCGGGCUCGGGACUUUCCUUGGGGAGUUGGAAAGAGAAGCAUCCCGCGAGGAUCAGCAUUUUAUCCCAACGGCUAUCAUUACCGCUCGCAACACUGCGUCAAACGGUCGAGGGACUGAGGAUCAACCCUGGAUGCUUCCCGGCCAAGAUUUCUUCCCUGAAAGUCAGCCACUGGUUCCUAGCCAUCUGAGAACCGGAUUAUUUUUGAGCUCUCAGCCGAAACAUCGCACGCUUGAGCCAUGCGACUGCUGCAGCCCAAAGUUCUUGGACGGAGAUUGGCGGGCCUUGACUCUCGACCCUCUCACACAUGGCUUUACUCGUCAUGAAUCUUUGGCAUCGUCCUCGGAGCCUCGCGGCCGAGACCAUCCCGAGUCCCAAGACAAAGCCUUUGCUAUUCCCAUCAAUGUUAUUACUACUCACAGCGAUGUCUUUGCCCUUCUACUUGAGGUUCUCGUCUCCCCCAACGGACUGAUUGGCCAAGAAGACGAGCUUAACCUCCCGCUUUUGCUUGCCACAUUGUCAUAUGCUUUAGACCAAGGCAUGACCCGGGAGGCUAAAAAGCUGAAGAGAACUUUUGAUCGGUACAUCCCCUUCCGCAUGUUCCACCACAAUCCUCAUAGCAACUCACCUCGUCUGGAGUUCGAGUAUUACGAGUUCCGUUCCGAGGAAGUCUAUCGGGCCUGGCUAGUAGUCUCUCAAGAUAGUCGACUCCAUGGCUACCUCUCUCCCAGUGAGGCGAUAACUCUUUACGUCUACUUGGUGCCAAAUUGGUGUUGGUCAGGCUGCAUUCAUGACUACGACGAACAGUUCAUAGAGGACACAAACACUGCCUGGGCCGCUAUCAAAGGCGACCCUGGCAGUCGGUUUGAGCAAGUUUUUCAAAGUUUCUUCAACCGCACACGACUUGGCUUGCAUUCUUGGACGGGAAGCGAUACUCUCAGUGGUGGAGAUCAAAUCUCUGUGACUAAGACCAAGUCUCACAAAGAAGCUGUGCAAGCACCCGGCAACCAACCCCAAGUCCAACCAGACGGCGCUCUCACCCUCUAUGGCGUCCCGUUCCAGGGAACUCGGAAGGCACGGCAUCGAAACCGCCCUUCAGUAUGUGGAGGUGACUUGGAAGAAACCCUUCGGGGAUUUCAGGGGGGCCCACGCCGGGCUCUCGAUGCACUUUCCACUGGUGCGCCUGGGGGUUCGGAUCACAACCCAACUCCCGGGACCCAAGGUGUGCCCUUCACGGGUGCCCUUGGUGACAUGCACGAGAACCCACGCAGGGUUCUCGAUGCACUUUUCACUGGUGCUGGCGGGGGUUCGAAUAACAGCGGAACGCCUACAGGUGCUCUUGAGGAGGUGCAAGGGAGCCGACACCAGUCGGUUCUCGAUGCACUUUUCACUGGCGGUGCUGGGGAGAUUGUGGAUGGGUUAGUUGAAGAUGGGGGACUCACUGAUGUGCCGGAGGGUUCGGGUUACGAUCAAAUGCGUGGAGAUCAAGAUAUACCUUGUAUUGUGCCUCCUGUGGCUGUAUCUGACAUGGCCGGUAGUUCAGAGCGUGACAUUCGUCGAAUUCGCAGAGAAACGGCUGUGUUACCUCGGGUUGAUUGA